CUCUCUCGAGUCCACUUCCUGUUUUUCGCACUCAGUCUGUGUCGAUGUCCAAUAUAAUCCAGUUAGCUUGCAGUUAGUAGCUGCUAGAGACUCCGAGACGCACACAGACCCUUUUAUUUAUCUCGUCAUUUUCAGCACAUGAUCUCGUCUGAUGAAGGAGGAGGGUGCGUUAGAGGUCCUUCAGCCGUUGUCCUCUGGGCCCAGUGCCUUCAUUCCAGCUGAAGUGAUUCUGAAAGAGGCAGCGGGACAGGAGGCGCUGACCGACACUUUGUUGUCAGACAGUCAUGCCGAUCAUGUCACUACAGUAAUGGGUAUGCAUCCUGCCUACCUCAACUGCUUCUUGCGCACCCAGAAUGCUUUGCUGCAGCCAGACGGGCCACUGCCACUGUCAUGGAGACACUAUAUUAUCAUAUUGGCGUCUGCUCGACAUCAGUGUUCCUACCUGGUGCAGCUCCAUAGCUCUGCGUUUCUGUUGGCCGGCGGCGAGGAGUCCUGGCUCAGAGGUAUUCAAAGUGCUCCCCUUAAAGUCCAGCGCCUGCAGACGCUCAACAAACUUCUAGCACAUCGGCCGUGGCUCAUCACCCAGGCACACAUACAGGAGCUUGUGUGUCCAGGAGCAGAGCCUCGCUGGUCAUUAGCGGAGCUGAUUCAAGCCGUGGUCCUCAUAUGCCAUGCCCACUCUCUGGCCUCCUUUAUCUGGGGCUGUGGCAUUCACCCAGAGCCGGACUGUGCAGUUGAACAGACGUCUCCUCCACCCUCCCCUACAUCAAACAAGUCCAGUCUCAAUUCCCAGGAUGGCCGCACCCAUCGACAAGAGUGGACUCAGGCUGUAAAGGAAGUGCAGCUGUUGAUGGAGAAGAUGAUGAUGGUUCAGCAGCAAGAAGAGGAGUUCACUCAGGAGGAGAUGGUUACUCGCUUUGAGAGAGAGAGGACCGAAAGUUUACUGGAACCAGCUGAAGUGGGCCGCUCCGUCCUCCCAGAUUCUGUCUCACGGUUUGUCUGGGAUGCAGAUUUUAUUUAUCAGGACUUCAGUCCAAGAGGAGAGCAGGCACCACCCACCAUGAGAGCUCAGGACUACUCAUGGGAGGACCAUGGCUUCUCUCUCAUGAACAGGCUGUAUGGAGAGAUGGCUCAAUUGCUGGAAGAGAAGUUCCAGGUGGUGUGUACGCUGACGUAUCGCACCAUGGCCAUGCACACAGAUGUGGACACCACCACCCUCCGGAAAGCUGUCUGGAAUUAUAUACACUGCAUCUAUGGCAUCAGGUAUGAUGAUUAUGAUUACGGUGAGGUCAACCAGCUAUUGGAGCGUAAUAUGAAGGUGUACAUCAAGACCGUUGCGUGUCAUCCGGAGAAGACGACAUUGAGAAUGUACUCCAAUUUCUGGAGACAGUUUCGCCAAUCAGAAAAGGUUCACGUGAACCUGCUGCUGAUGGAGGCAAGAUUGCAAGCCGCUUUGCUUUACACACUCAGAGCCAUCACCCGCUACAUGACCUAGCAUACAAGCAUUAGCAUAAACUUCCCUAUUAGCAAUAAUAUGAUGUACAAAAUGUGCAAUACUCUGUUUAAUCUCACAUUCUUCAUCAGGGAAGAAUGAUCUGUGUGACUUUAGAAAAUAUUCGGCACUACUUCGAGCUCAGAUUUAGUCUCUUUCACUUGCACACAUUGUGAACUCUAUAGUUUUCUUCUUUUUUGUUCUGUGAUGGUUGUUCUGCUGCUGCUUGAUCACAGAUGGGAUUGGAAGCAGUGCUGUUGUCAUGUGUAAAGCUUUUCCCACUUACCUCUCAUCAUACUGUGAAUAUGUGUAAUUUGUCUAGUGCAGUAUUCUCUUCAUUCUUGGUUUGCAUGUGUCCUUGAGACACUUAGCAAACAAUCUCCAUGCUGCCUGUCUCUCUUUUUAAUGGUACACGCCUGCUGGACUCCAGCUAGCCUGAUUGCGGGAAACAAAAAAAAAAAAAAGCACAUUGUGUUUGUUCUUGGUGGAAAUUGAAUGUAUGUUUAUGUUCAAUAAAAUAUUUUUUUACUGUU